ACAUUGAACAGGGUUUUCUGUAUCACUCAGUAGGGUUUUCUCUGAAACUUGUGGAAGAUCGAGCAGGGGACAGAGGCCAACAUUCAAAUCGCUCAACCCUAUGGCUCUCAGAUACAGUAAGUCUAUAUCACCCACCUUUCAUUUCAUAUACAACAACACUCUCAUACAUCACAGAAUCAAUCAUAAUACACCCACAAUUGUUCGUUUCAUUGAAACCCAAUCAACACCACCAACCAACUCAAAUUUCACUGAGAAACAAGCUCUCACCAUCGCUUACCUCACAAAUUCAUGUGGUUUGUCUUUAGAAUCUGCUAUCUCAGCUUCUAAGAGGGUCAACAUUAAGAGCACAGAGAAACCGGACUCGGUUCUUGAGCUCCUAAGAUCGCAUGGAUUCGCUAAAAAUCACAUUUCACGCCUAUUUUCCACAUACCCAACUUUAAUUUUGGCUGAUCCAGAGAGAACUUUGAGACCCAAAAUUGAGUAUUUUGAAUCUUUGGGUGUCGUCGGACCUGACUUGCCUAAGAUUAUAUGUUCAAGUAACGUGUUACAGAAUAGUUUGGAACACCAAAUCAUUCCCACAUGUGAUUUCCUUAAACGAUACAUAAGGACCGACGAGAAUUUAAUUUAUGUUCUUAAGCGAUGUAGCCGUGUGGUUAUGUUAAAUGUUGAAAAAGUUUUGGUGCCGAAAAUCCACACCUUGCGGGCUCAUGGUGUGCCUGAAUCCCAUAUUGGGAAAUUGAUCAUGUUGCAGCCUGGAACACUAGGUGCGAGACUUGAUGUGUUUAAAGAGGUUACUGAUGCAGUUACGGAAAUGGGGUUUGAUCCCAAAACUCGAUCAUACUUGGUGGCUGUCAGUUCAAUGUCGGCAAUUAGCAAACUCAAUUGGGAAAAGAAGAAGGAAGCUUAUAUGAGCUUUGGUUGGUCCGAAAGCGAAUUUAACUCCGCGUUCAAAUUGCAACCGAUGUGUGUGCUCUCCUCGGAGAAGAAGAUCAGGAAACUGAUGGAUUUCUUCUUGAACAAGGCGGGGUUAAGAGCAUCAGAGACUGUCAAAUGCCCAACUCUUUUUCUAACUAGUUUGGAAAGGAGAAUCAUUCCAAGAUGUUCGGUUCUGCAAGUUCUGAUGUCAAGGGGUUUGAUUGGGAAGGAUGAUGUAGAUGUGGUUUGGGUGUUAGGUUCUGGAAGAAAGUGUUUUGAGACCAGGUUUCUGACCAAGUAUAAGGAUGUAGCUCCUGAGGUAAUCAAAGCGUACGAGGGUGAGAUAGGAUUUCAAGGUUUCGAUACUAAAUUGUAGGACAUUGUGUAAUCAGAGAAGUGAGCAACUACUUUAGAUAUGCUGCCAACGCCACAAGGCUAACAAUACGGUGUAUAUCGGCUUCUAUCAAAAUGAUUUGGCUGCAUAUAAUGUCUGCCAUCUAAGAAGUUGCCUGCUUGAUUGCAUUCACUUCUACUGGAGUAAAGCAUUUUCUCCGAAUGGUCAAAAUUAUGACUCAGUUAUAAAAGCCAUUAUGAAGAUGCAAGAGAACCUUCCAAGAUCUCUGAUUGAAGUCGUAGGAUAUGAAUCCUCAUGGCUGGCUCUCAAUGACGAUGCUUCCUGUUUCCCCUUCCUCUCUUUUCCUAGGGUUUAAAUUACAAUUAUUGUUAAAGGAAUUCUACACCCAUAUCUGCUUCUUCCAAGCUACUUUUUGCUUCUACAUUAUAUUUUCCUGAGUGGAAUUUGCAAUUGAAGCACUUUCUACUGCUAUUUUUGCUCGGUAUAUGAUCAGAAA